UGUUACAUCGAGUUUAUAACGCUGUACUUGGCUUCGAUGCCUUCGGCGAGACAAAGCUAAUGUCAACAAGAACAACCUACGGCUUGAACACGCGAGUGCGCGUUAACUAAUUAUUAUUGGUGAAUCGUUUUAUGGCGCGCAUGAGUGGACGAAAAUCAGUUCACCGAUCAGCUAAUAUUAACAAACAGUGGUGAUUACGAAAUCGUUCUAGUGCUAGAGUGAUAAUAGAUAAGCGACAAGAGAGAGAGAGAGAAGAAAGGAAGGCGAAAUGAACACGAGUGUUUACCUGGGGACGGUGUCGCCGGACCCGGUGCACCACCUGACGGCCCUCGGGGUGAAGAUGUCGAGCCCGAGCACGAGCUCGCAGGCCGGCAUGGGCGGCGGUGGCGUACCCGCGGGCGGCGUCCCCAUGCAGCACUCGCCGGUCGAGGCCACGGCCCAGUACGCCAACUACUCGGGCGCCGGCCAGAGCGGCCUGCAGCCCGAGGCCCACAUGAGCGCCUACCACAUGAGCAGCGUCUCGCCGCACGCCAACUACGACUACCUGAUGCGCCGAGAGCCCGAGUACGGGCCCAACGUGGCCGUGAGCGAGGCCGGGGAUCGAAGCGCCACCGGGGCCAGCAGCUACGCCAUGCUGCACCACGAGGCCUCGGCGUCGGCCGGCCAGAUGGGCCAGCAGCAGUACCGGGCCCCGAGCAAUCCGGCCGCCUCGUACGGGGCUUCGGUGGGCUUCGGCGCGAGCCAGCCCAAGGUGUACCCGUCGUCGCAGGUCCCGCUGCCGCCGCCGCCGCCGCCACCUCCUACGGGUCACCAGGCUAGUACCACACAGUACCCAGGCGCUCAGCAGACGCAGCAGGCGGCAGGCCUGAGAGGACACGCGAUGCCGAUCGGCGCCGGCGCCACGGCUCGCGGCGGCCACGAGUCGCAUCCUCAGCUGGUAGCGCCCCCGCUGCGCGCCCUCAGCGAGAACUCGGCUCUGGUCUCGUACUCGCAGGCCAAAGCGGCCGACAGCGAGGAGGACAACCCCUCCGGUGACUACGAGUGUCAGUGGACCCACGCGUUGGGCUCGAGUGUCAUUUGUGGCAGGUACUACACGAAAAUGAAGGACUUUGUCAAUCACAUAACCAACGACCACGUCGGCGGGCCCGAGAACAGCGACCACGCCUGCAUCUGGAAGGACUGCCCGCGGGACGGCGAGACCUUCAGGGCCAAGUACAAGCUCGUCAACCACAUUCGCGUCCACACCGGCGAGAAGCCCUUCAAGUGCGAGUUCCCCGACUGCAAGAAGAGGUUCGCCCGCUCCGAGAAUCUCAAAAUACACAACAGGGUGCACACGGGAGAGAAGCCCUUCAACUGCGGAGUCAAGUCUUGCGAGAGGCGAUUCGCCAACAGCAGCGACAGGAAAAAGCAUCAGCACGUGCACUCGUCCGAAAGGCCUUACCUCUGUAAAAUUGCUAAUUGUUCAAAAGCCUACACACACCCGAGUUCGUUGCGGAAGCAUAUGAAGGAAUUUCAUGAAUUAUAUUUACAGUCGCACGGGAUAAAUUUCCCAAGAAUAAAGCGCAGCAAAAAGUCUGGUAGCGAAGCAAGCUUGGAAUCGGAUGAUACCAUGAGUAGCGUUUCUUCGUGCAGCUCAACCAGUAGCAAAAAAACUAGUAGACAAAGGGCACGGGCGAAUCAAAGAAAGACGCCCAGCCCAAGAUCCAACCGAAAGGCCAAAAGUAGCAUCGAAAUACAGGAGAGCCAACCAAACCAUCAUCCAGCACAGUCGCAAGCCCAGUCGACGCUCAGUCAUCAACAGGUUCAACAGUCCAAUCAAAUUCAGCAUUCGCAGCAGCACCCGGCAGCGGUUCAACAACUGCCGAGUCAGCAUCAAUCGGAGCACGGACAAAACUCGCGCUACUGUCAACCGAUGCGCCAUGCGAGCCAACCUUUGCAUUUGCAACAUCAAAUGAGCAUGCAGCAGGCCCAUGGCGUCCAUCAACCUGCCCAACACAUUCAGCAAUACCCACAUUCCCAACUUCUCUUGCAACACCAGCAGCACCAUCAGCAUCAACAAUUCCAACAGUUUCAGCAGAUGCAUCAGCAGCCGAUGUUGAAUGAAUGGUACAUGUGUCCGCCUCCGGUUAUGCCACCUCAGCACCAUGGCCCAACACCUUAUUUAACGGGGCAUCCGUACAACCAUCUGAUGCAUCAUAAAACGGCUGCUUUUUAAGCAAGUCGUCGAUUAGCAUAAUCGACCUUUUAAAAAUUCUUGUUGUGAAAAUUGAAUCAAUCAAGUGUAUAGUAUUUUUUGUUUGUUUUCUGGGCUUAAACAAAGUUCAUUACGGAAGUAAGAUGUCAGCUUAAUACAUAUAACUAUUCAAACAUAAGAUUACACUUUAGCAUAAACUGUUGAAAAAUCGAUGCAUCAUCACUAAAAAUGCAAUAAAUACAUCGGAUAACUGUGCGAUACAUAUAUG